AAAUUAAGAGAUAAUUAUGAUUUGCUAGCCGUAGAGAAAUUAAGAACCAGAAAAAUCAUGGAAAAAAGCCAAGCACAAAAUCCGUGGUAUUCAGCCAAAAGUCUCCAUGAUGCUAGUUUGAGUUUCUUUUUGCUAGCACUCGCCCACAAAGUGGAAGAAACUGGUGGGCGAUUGGUAAAAGUUAAUCCGGCUUAUACUAGCCAAAGAUGUAGCAAUUGCCAACAAUUAGCCAGUCAAAAGUUAGAAUUAAGUGAUAGGGUUUUUGUUUGUGCUUGGUGUAAGUAUAAAGAGGAUAGAGAUAUCAAUGCGGCUAAAAAUAUCUUAUACCAAGCCCAAAUAACGGAUUCACUGAACCAAAAACCAUUAUAUAUGCUGAUUAAGAAGAAAAAAAUCCGUAAUUUUUCAAUUAUCGCUCAUAUCGACCAUGGCAAAUCUACUUUGGCUGACCGUUUGCUCGAAAAAACUAACCUCAAAGGGAGCAAUAAGUCUUUGGAAAGAGUGCUCGACAGCCUUUCAUUAGAACAAGAAAAAGGGAUUACUAUUAAAUUAAAUGCAGUCCAACUAUAUUAUCCACCAGAAAGCCCCGAACCUUAUAUUUUUAACUUGAUUGACACGCCGGGACAUGUGGAUUUUAUGUAUGAAGUAUCUCGCUCGUUGGCGGCUUGCGAGGGAGUGAUUUUAUUAGUAGACGCUACCAAAGGCAUUCAAGCCCAAACACUGGCUUAUUAUGAAAUUGCGAAAAAACUUAAUCUAAAAAUCUUGCCAACAAUUAAUAAAAUUGAUUUGCCCCACGCUCAAUUAGAAACUACUAAAAAUCAACUUAUUGAACUUCUGAACUGUCAAGAGAAUGAUAUUUGUCUAAUUUCGGCCAAAACGGGAAAAAAUAUUGACUUGUUGCUAGAAAAAAUUAUUGCUGACAUUCCGCCUCCACAGUAA